AUGAAGACUCUGACUCUCCUCUCUAUCUGUGCUGUUCUGUCAGUAUGCUGGUCCAUGGGAGCUGUGGAACCAGAGGUUGUCGUGGACACUGGGGCUGAUGUGGCUGCUGAUGCUACAGCUGCUGCUGCUGACCCCGCCCCAGCAGCUGCCUCCGAUUCAUCCUCAGCCUCUGACUCUUCCUCCUCUUCAGAGUCUGAUUCAGCUUCAUCAUCUGCAUCCGACUCCGACUCAGGCUCCGACUCUUCAGCAUCCGACUCCUCUUCUUCCUCUUCUUCCUCUUCUUCCUCUUCUUCCUCCGAGUCCUCUGAGUCCUCUGAGUCCUCUGAGUCCUCCGAGUCUUCAGAAUCAUCUGAAUCAUCCUCAUCCUCUUCCUCAUCCUCAUCCUCUGAGUCCUCUGAGUCCUCUGAAUCCUCUGAGUCCUCUGAGUCCGCCUCCUCUGAAUCAGACUCUGCAUCUUCCUCCUCUUCUUCCUCUUCCUCAUCAGAGUCAGCCAGUACUGAAGCUAAUGCAGUGGUUGUGAAGAGAGACCUGGCUGCUGUUCUCUUGAGGAGAAGAAGGGCUGCCCCAGCAGGAGACCUCACUCCCCUUCAGCUGGAAAGCUUGAGAGAGGUGUGUGAGCUGAACAUUGCCUGUGACGAGAUGGCUGACACAGAGGGCAUCGUUGCAGCAUACACCGCAUACUAUGGACCCGUCCCCUUCUAA